AAAAGAGUGAACACAGAUGGCAGAGCAGAGAAUGAGGCUGCAGCAUCUUUCUGAGUCACAGUCUAAUAAAAACACAAUGAAGUAGUUAUAUAACUCAGAGCAGACAGCUCACUGCAUGUGGCCGAACUGGAGGAACGAGGACACCAUGUGAGAAGCGCUAAUCAUCGGCGAGCUGCUGACCGACGAUGAUAUAAACAUGUGACCGAUGUGUGGCGGCUUAGUUUACCGCUACACCUGCUGGGGAGAAGCACAGAGGCGGUUCUCUGCUCCAUCGCGCAGCCUGACGGAGGAAACAUGGACACCGCGGAUCCGGGCGCACAGAUAGAGCCGCUUCUGCCAUCGGUCAAUUCUUCCUUUGGCUCAUCAGCUGGACGGAGAAGUUUGAGGAACGAUGAUGAGGCGGUGGUGGAUAGAGGAGGCACGCGGUCCCAACAGAGAACCAAUUUUGAGCAGGAAGAUCUUGAAGGCCACAGGACUCUCUACAUCGGGGUCCACGUCCCUUUGGGCAGCACCAGGCACCGCAGCCAUCGCCGGCAUCGUCACCAUGGAACCAAAUACAGGAAGAGGAGCAGGGAACGGGCCAUGCCCCUAGUGGAGGGGAGGGAGUCCCCUGCUUAUGACACCCCCUCCCAGAGAGUGCAGUUCCUGCUGGGGACAGAGGACGAUGAUGAGGAGCAUAUUCCUCACGACCUCUUCACAGAGAUGGAUGAGAUCUGUCUGAGAGAUGGAAUGGAUUCUGAGUGGAGGGAAAGUGCCAGGUGGCUGAAGUUUGAGGAGGAUGUUGAGGAUGGAGGAGAGCGAUGGAGUAAACCCUACGUCGCCACGCUGUCUCUGCACAGUCUGUUUGAACUGCGCAGCUGCAUCAUCAACAGCACUGUGCUGCUCGAUAUGAGGGCUAAUAGCAUUGAAGAGAUUGCAGACAUGGUCUUGGACCACCAGGAGUUGUACUCGCCACUGGGAGAUGAGCUCAGGAAGAAAGUGCGUGAAACGCUGCUGAAGCAGCACCAUCACCAGAACCAGAAGAAGCUGGCUAACCGCCUCCCCAUUGUUCGAUCCCUUGCUGACAUGGGCCGACGAACAUCAGAGCUUCACCUGGACAAGAAUGGUCAGUUGUCGGCCUCUCAGUCUCAGUUAGCAGCUCCAGAUGGCAAAGGGGACAUCAGCAAAGACAGCAGCUCUGUGGACUUCAGCAAGAUAGACCUACAUUUCAUGAAGAAGAUCCCGGCAGGAGCAGAGGCUUGUAAUGUGUUAGUGGGAGAGCUGGAGUUUCUAAAUAAACCGGUGGUGGCGUUUGUCCGUCUUUCACCCGCGGUUCUGCUCAACGGACUGGCCGAAGUCCCAAUCGCUACAAGGUUUCUGUUUAUUCUCUUAGGGCCCCUGGGUAGAGGGCCUCAAUAUCAUGAGAUUGGAAGGUCCAUCGCAACACUUAUGACAGAUGAGGUUUUCCAUGAUGUUGCCUAUAAAGCUAAAGACCGCAACGAUCUGAUUGCCGGUAUUGAUGAAUUCCUCGAUCAGGUGACAGUCCUGCCUCCUGGAGAAUGGGACCCGUCCAUACGGAUAGAGCCACCAAAAAAUGUACCUUCACAGGAGAAAAGGAAGAAAAGUAAUAUUUUACCAAACGGAUUAGUUGAGGGUGAGGAGGAGGAAGAACAUGGUGGCCAUGGAGGUCCGGAACUGCAGCGUACCGGAAGGUGGUUUGGAGGUCUCUUCUUAGACAUCAAGCGCAAGGCCCCACACUACCUGUCCGAUUACACUGAUGCUAUAAGUUUGCAGUGUGUCGCCUCUUUCUUAUUCCUCUACUGUGCCUGCAUGUCCCCUGUCAUCACCUUUGGAGGACUACUGGGCGAGGCAACAGAAGGACGCAUAAGUGCAAUUGAGUCACUGUUUGGAGCCUCACUGACUGGAAUAGCGUAUUCCCUGUUUGCUGGGCAGCCCCUCACCAUUCUGGGCAGCACAGGACCGGUGCUUGUGUUCGAAAAGAUACUGUUCAAAUUCUGCAAGGAGUAUGGCUUGUCCUAUCUGUCACUGAGAACCUGUAUUGGUCUGUGGACGGCUUUCCUCUGUAUUGUCCUGGUGGCCACAGAUGCCAGUUCCCUCGUUUGUUACAUCACACGUUUCACAGAGGAGGCCUUCGCCUCACUCAUCUGCAUCAUUUUCAUCUACGAGGCCUUGGAGAAGCUUUUCCACCUGGGGGUACACUUUCCCUUCAAUAAGAACAACAACCUGGAUAAACUCACCAUGUACUCAUGUUCCUGUGUGGAGCCUUCUGACCCCACCAAUGGCACCCUGAAGUUUUGGGAGAUCAACAACAUCACCGCCACAGAAAUUUACUGGGAAGCUCUGGAGGUCAAGGACUGUAUUGAAAAGCGAGGGGAGUUUGUGGGCAGCGCCUGCGGCCCUCAUGGACCCUACGUUCCUGAUGUUCUCUUCUGGUGCGUCAUUCUCUUCUUUUCCACCGUCUUCAUGUCGGCCUUCCUCAAGGAGUUCAAGUUCAGCAAUUACUUCCCCACAAAGGUGAGGUCCGUCAUCAGUGACUUUGCUGUUUUCUUCACUAUCCUCACCAUGGUGUUGGUCGACUACGCAUUAGGGAUCCCUUCUCCAAAACUAAAGGUUCCCAGUGUGUUUAAGCCAACCAGAGAUGAUCGAGGUUGGUUCAUAAACCCGUUGGGUCCCAACCCCUGGUGGACAGCAGUCAUCACGGUGGUCCCAGCUCUGCUUUGCACCAUCCUCAUCUUCAUGGACCAGCAGAUCACAGCUGUCAUCAUCAACAGGAAGGAACACAAACUCAAAAAAGGCUGUGGAUACCACCUGGAUCUGUUCAUGGUCGGGGUGAUGCUGGGUGUGUGCUCUUUGAUGGGCUUGCCGUGGUUCGUGGCAGCCACCGUUCUCUCCAUCACCCACGUCAACAGCCUGAAACUGGAGUCCGAGUGCUCGGCUCCUGGAGAGCAGCCCAAGUUCCUCGGGAUCCGAGAGCAACGCUUCACCGGCCUCAUGAUCUUCGUCCUCAUGGGCUGCUCUGUCUUCAUGACGUCUGUGCUGAAGUUCAUUCCUAUGCCUGUGCUAUAUGGAGUUUUCCUUUACAUGGGAGCAUCUUCUCUCAGAGGCAUUCAGUUCUUCGACCGCCUCACAUUGUUCGGCAUGCCAGCUAAGCACCAGCCAGACUUCAUCUAUCUUCGUCAUGUACCUCUGAGGAAGGUGCACCUCUUCACCAUCAUCCAGCUCAGCUGUUUGAUUCUGCUGUGGGUCAUCAAGACUUCUAAAGCUGCCAUCGUCUUUCCUAUGAUGGUGUUGGCUCUGGUGUUCAUCAGGAAGUUAAUGGACUGUAUCUUCUCCAAGAGAGAACUCAGCUGGCUGGAUGACCUCAUGCCAGAGAGCAAGAAGAAGAAGCUUGAGGAUGCUGAAGAGGAGGAGGAGCAGAGCAUUCUGGCAGAGGAUGAGGGCGUAGUGCAAGUGCCAUUAGAAGGGUUUAAAGGAAUACCCAUUAUCAACAUCACAGAUGAAAUGUCCAAAGGUUCAUUUGGAAACACGUGGAAUGCCAACAGUUAGGAUACCUGAGAAAGAAUGAAGAUCUCAAAACAAUAUGUUAACCAAACCGCUCACAGUAUUUCCCCCAAAGAGUAAGAUUGCAAGAUAAGAAACGUAAGAAGAAGAACUGGAGGACAGUGUGGACAGUGUAGUGAGUAUUUGUCACUGUUCCUUCUGUGUGUUUGUAUUUAAAUCUGCACUGUGUACUGCAGAUCAUCGAUCCUUCAAGUUCAAUCCUGUAAAUCUCUGUGUGUAAGGGACUAACCGUGUUCUCUGAUUUGUCACAAAUACUCUGUUUAUGGAACCUAAUUUAUAAUUUUCUCAUAUUGUUCAUGUCCACUUGUAUUUUUUAAAUCUAGAUAAUGUAAUGAUUUACUGAAUGUAAAUGAGAAAAGUGCAUAUUUCUGAUGUCUGUUUAUGGAAUGGAAGCAUUUUGAAUAUCACGUGACUGCAAUAUACAAAUAUACAUGUCUAAGGAACCAAAUACAAUAGUUCUUCAUACCAGAAUGGCAAUACCCUGUUUAUAUGAGAAAUCAGCUAUAUUUCAUUAGUGGAAUAAAAUGACCAUGUUUGCUACAGAACAUGUUGCAACGAUGACUUACAGUAUUUUGCUUUCAUUAUAUUGCUUAAAUGUACAUUUUUUCAGAUGAUCCUAUGUUUAAUGUUUGUAUGAAGUUUACUGAAUAAUAAAGUUUCACUAUAAAGGCAUUUAACCCUCACAAACAUUGCAGUACUG